AAUGGCCCAUACAAAGUGUUUUCUGGCGAAACUGAAAGUCCUCAGAGGGUCACACAAAAACAGCUUCUCCAACGGACAGGAAUAUAUUCCGGGACUGGACCUCACGAGGCGGACGAAAACCCAACUGUGUACGGAUUGCAUCACGUGAUUAAUAUAAGUGACGUCACUGUUGCAUCUGUAUUGUGGAGGAACAAACUGCAUGAGAUGGUAACACCUGGAAACAAUCCGUUCAACUUCCUUGUCGUUUCGCGUCAUUGCACCAACAGAUGUAUCGCCGGACACCCCAGCAGUGUCAACGUAAGCACCACCAGUCACCCACGCAGGCAGCACGGGGUUCAUCACAUCACGCAGGUCAACCGAUAUUGUGCAGUCCAUAUCACACGAAAACCAAGAACAGUUUCUGCGUCAUGUAACAACGUAGUCGGCAAUGUGAGUGUUUAUCACAAGUGAAAAGACGCGGAUGUGGUUAACGCCUUUUGUGGUACAUUCUAUUAAAGCGAACCGUUUAUCAAGGGUACGCAAAAGCUCGAGUUAUCGCGUACACACACUAAAUAUAGACUGUGUCUGUCAGCAUGAGACGCUUGGACGAGCAUAUACCAUCUCGUCCCUGGAACACCGUGGCCAGCCUCCCCGCGCUUCGUAUGUGACGCCAGGCGGGAAAUAGACGGCGUCAGCAGACGAUCAGAGGCGACAGUAAAGGUUUCAAAAACAGUGCAAAGAGUCUUCAAAAAGUCCCGAAUGUACCAAUUGUAAAAUAUCUUCAAUAUCUUAGGAACCCACUACAGUGAUCGGCAAAUCCGCCAUGGACGGAAAUACGUUUACAGUGUUGAUGGUAUUGGCAGUUCACUGGCACGGUGCAAGGUCAUGCCCCUGGCCGUGUACAUGUAAAGGCGAUGUCAAAGGGGAGGUAACUGUUGACUGUUCGCACAAGAACCUGACCUCGGUGCCACAUGGCAUCCCGUCAACAACACUGCAUCUGGAUCUCAAACACAACAACAUCAGUAUCAUAGAGAACAACACCUUCCUGGAGUUACCGCGCCUACGUGACCUUGACCUUUCCUUCAAUUCGCUCACUCGCCUUGAAAGGGGUGCACUGCAUGGACUUGUGUCAUUGGAGGGUUUGAACAUGGCAAGCAACCACUUGCACCUCAACAACGAAUCGUAUCCAAUCGGCGUCUUCUCGGAGUUAAAGAAACUGCAGGUACUAGAUAUUCAGAACAAUAUUGAUGGUGACACCAUGGCACUGAGUACAGGCUACCCGGACGUGACGGGUCUCGUGGAGCUACAGGUCUUCCGUUCAGACUCGAUAUUUACCCUCCAAUUUGGGGAGGCUUUUCAAGCACUCGAGAAUCUACAGGAACUUGAUUUCAGCGGGUUUAAUGGCUAUUGCAGCCUGAAUAAUAUCAGUGAAAACCUGUUUCGUAAUUUCAACACUCAUCAUCCACUGAAAUUGAACAUUUCUCAGUGUGGUAUAUUAAACAUUCAUCCAUUGGCAUUCAACGCAUUGCCAAUGUUAGAAGUGUUGGACUUGACUGAUAACAGUCAUUUUCGUUUUCGAAGUUUAAUGAUUGCUUCAGAGAGUUUUAUCAACACGUCCUUACAGGUCCUUCUGUUGACCACAAUCAACAGAGAUGAGGCCAUGACCUUAUUUGGUCAAUAUUUCCAGCAUCUUCGCAAGACAAAGAUCACCUCACUUACUCUUGACCACAACUAUGUCACAUGUGUAGACAAAUUAGCAAUAUAUAACCUACCACGAACAAUCAAGUAUCUGUCGAUCAAGAGCAAUAAAUUAUGGGACGCCAAAUUUCUUCUCGGAGUUGUCCUCUUACCAAACCUAGAGUUCCUAGAUAUUGGACAUCAAAUGAUCAAUUCACGGGCGGAGAGAUACAUUGUGUCAUCCAUUCCCAUGCGAUCAACGCAGACUUACCAAUAUUGUGACGGUAGCAUUAUACACACGAGAACUAUCACUCCGGAAAAUAACAGACCGACCAGACACAAUGCAAACAGAGUCAUAGAAUACUUCAACAUGUCUGGAGAUUCAAAGGGUCCUUGUGACCAUGAUACAUCAUACGACUAUGGUAUUCACAUCGACAUCAUACCAUUGCCACCCACUCUCCAUACCUUGAGAGCAGACGUCAUAAGAUUAGGACUCUCAUUACCAAAUUUCACAUUCACAUCCAGCAAUUCCCUUCGAUCGCUCAACUUGUCAACUGAUAUACUUUAUUGCUGGGGAGGUCCGUGGUAUGGUCUUCAUGAUCUGGAGAGACUUGACCUGUCGGCCAAUCAGUGCAGUGAUGUCAGCCCCGCCUUCUUCAAGGACAUGGCCAAUCUGACUCACCUGUAUCUCCAUGACAACAAUCUGGGGUGGUCGCUGGCAUUGGACAGACAAGGAGAGAUAUUCUCAUCACAAACAAACCUACAAAUCCUUACCCUUGGUAAAAACCGGAUACGCCAGUUACCGGAAAUUGUGUUCCAUAAUUUAGUGAACCUGGAACAGCUGAAGUUGGACGAAAAUUCAUUGAGGAGUUUAGGGGCCAGAAUUGGACGCAUGACGAAACUGAAAUACCUGGAUUUGUCGGGAAAUGAACUUGUUAGUCUGGAUAAAAAUAUGCUUCAGGAUUUGGAUGACAUCGCCACCUCUACCAACAUCACCAUUGACAUAUCAGACAACCCGUCACUCGCAUGCAACUGUGACAACCUGGAGUUCGUGACGUGGAGUCUACAGACCAAGGUCACCAUCAGAUCCGUCAGAAAUAAUCUGUGUUUUAUUACGAACAGUUCACAAAUUCCAUACGGGCAGUUCCAGGACAUCGCAAGAUCUCUCUGGUUUAAAUGCAAUGGUCAGACUACCUUCACAAUAGUGCUGAGCGUAUUCAUCGUGGUUCUCCUGGUCCUAGGGAUGGUCAGUGUUGUUUACUACAAACGCUGGAAGCUGCGUUAUCUCUACUACACCGGCAGGCGCCGCGUCAACCCCUUCUACCCCGCAGACUACGCAGCACCACCCAACAGACUGCGUGAUGUCUUUGUUUCCUAUGAUGAGGACGACAUGACUUGGCGCCAAUUUGUACAAGAAGAACUACUCGAUAAACUUAAGGAGAAUCAUAUUUCCUGUCUUAUAAGUGAGAUUGACUUUCUGUCUGGGAGGAACACCCGGGACAUCAUUGAGCAAGCCGUGUUGGGUUCCAGGAGGACAUUGGCGCUCAUCACCUCGGACUUCUUCAAGUGCUGGGAUCGGGAACUGGAAUUCAAUAUGGCGGUCAUGCACGGGAUGGCAACGCGGCAGAGUGUUGUUAUCCCCGUUGCCAUGGAGGUGCUGGAUGAGGAUGCCCUCCCGCCAGACGUGGCGGUUUUCCUAGAAGCGUACCCAUGCUUGCCCUACACAGGGGAUGCGGCUUUCUGGGCGAAGCUUGUGAGCAGAAUAAAACAGGACGACCCUUCCGAUGUCCACAGUUCAUAGAAUGUGGAAGAGUGCAUUUACAGUUUGUAUAUAUGACAAUGGCAAUUAAGUAUUGUAAGACUAUUGUAAGGCAAUAGGUUACCAAAACAACGUUACAUCGUGUUCGAAGCAGCCAUCACUGCACAUUCUAAGCACAGAUUACAUGAUAAUCUCCUUUAGUCAUGGCAAGUUUCUGUACAUGGAAAAGUGUGUUUACUAUGAUAAGUUUGAAUCCCUUCUAAAUAUUGAAAAGGUUUUAAGCAAAGAUGACCUUCCUCAACAUUUGAGUACAUCCUAUUCCAGAUUAAGAUGUUGCAAUUUCAGACUUGCUGUUCAGACUUUUGUAAUCAAUAAUUAUUCCUCGGUCAUGCAGAAUAAGAGCAUUGGCAUUAUCAGAAAUGUCCAAUAUCAUGUAAAUAUAAAGAAUUGUAAAUAUGAUACAAAAGGCACAUGCAUGAGCAUGCUUUUGAAUAUAUUUUGUGCGGAAUAAAACAGUCUGUCUGUUAUGCACACCGCCAUAUUGCCUCGUUCCCUGUGCCCUCCGCCGUGUGAUACUCUGUAGCAUUCGUCACCACUCGCCCCUUUCCGUAACCUGCAAGAAGACUCGUCCCCUUUCGAAGAAUGCUAUGUGCGAGGGGCACGAGUCGCUAUUCGGCUUGUCCCGGAAUAACACGAGUUGGUCACGAAUGACUCUGAAGACGCAAUGUACAUGCGUAGAGGCGAUGGUUUUCCUUAAGUCAUGGCGUGGGACAUUUUUGUUUAAUCUCAAGAAGCGAGAGUUAUAACCAUACAUCUUAUCACCAGUAGCCAAUAGCUUCCUCCUUGGGGACACGGUUUAUCACUGUUGCUGGGACGACCAAGUUGUCGUCGGCGAGGCAACUUCCUGUAGAGUUGCGCCCCUUAUCCGAACCAUGAUCCGCUAGUCGUUCUCUGAAUCCUUGGUGUGUCAGUGCCUUACCAUUGCUCCUGGAUUUCGCCACGUCAGGCUGGCACGCCAUGACAUUGAAAAUCAGAUCAUGAAAACAAGACGUUAUUAGGCUGAAAACAGUCGCCGAAACAAUGCAUUCUU